UUGGUGAAAAAAAAGAACAUAAAUUUAUGUUGAGAUAGAAUUAGACGUAACAAUGAUUAUAAAACAAGAAAAACAAUUUAAAGUGAGAAAUAAAGUGAAUGAUGGUGAAAAUUAGAAAUGUGCUAAAACGUGUGUGUUAUUGAAAUGAAUAGAUUUGACAAUACUUGUAAAUUGGACAAAGAUGACGAUGAUGCCAGAGGGAAUUGUACGAAACAGAACAAAAUAUUGGAAUUGGACUUGGAUUACUUGGAGCGAGGUGGUGGUGGGACUCUGACAGUUGGUGGGGCUCCGAGUUUGGAGCCAAGUCCGGACAGCCUCGACCUGGUCAAAGUGGUGCUCCUUGGGGCACCCGCCGUCGGGAAAACUAGUAUUAUACAGCAAUUCGUGUGGAGCGAUUUCUCAGAAGAAUACGUGCCAACGGACCGUAAACACACCUUCUACCCUUCGGUGAUCAUUAACGAGCACCUUUACGAAGUUAAAAUCACAGACGUUCCAGUUAUACCAUACUUUCCAAUAAACUCGUACUACGAGUGGGCGCACUACCGCUUCUACGGGCUUCGGAGUGCGACGGCCUACAUCCUCGUUUUCGACUUGUCGAACGUAGAGACUUUCCAAUACAUAAGGACUUUGAGAGACCAAAUGGUCGAAAGUCGAGAUAUGAGGAACGUCCCAGUGUUAGUUGUUGGCAAUAAGCAGGAUUUACUUUGUAGCAACACUCCGUCUGCGGCCAGCGGCCUGCAGCAACUCGCUAUAGCUGAAAGCGCUUGCGGGGAUUCAAGAGAGAAGAGAAGAAAUAUCGUGAAUUUAGUUCGUAAGCACUGGAAGUGCGGUUACGUAGAGUGCUCCGCUAAGUAUAAUUGGAGGGUGAUAGCUGUGUUCAAAGAGUUGAUGGAAAUGAUCGAUUCUCUGGAGUGGAGUGGUGGCGGGAGGAACUCGGAGCCGCCUCCCGACUCCUCGGCCGGAGGCAGUACCCAUGAGACUCGGUGCGUGAUUGCUUAGCAGACUUAAACUACUUAAAACUCUUGAUUAUUUUAAUAGAAACGAAAGAUCACUUAUCAAAGCAUCUCCACGAUUGCUUUGUCGCAUAAAUCUUUGUUUAUCUGAUCCACUUUAAUUAAGAAACAGAGGCUGCAGAUCCCCGAGGUCUAUUUAUCUAUUUAAUGUUAUCUAAUUGACCAUUCACGGCUCGGCUCGCCCGUUCUGUAGAUUCAUCAAUUCAGAAACUUGCACUGCUUAAAGUUUUCGCUGAUGCGGUUUAUCCGUCGUAAAUCCAAUCUAAUCCUUGCGAAAUUAGUCCAUAUUUCAUGUAACUUCGAACGAAUUUCGAGGCUAAACCCCUCUUUUAAUAUUGGGAGUUAUAUCGUAAAUUUCAUUUUGGAAUUUUAUUCGCUGUUCAUUUACGCGACCUAUUUUUCGGGUGGAGGACAUUUAACUUGGGCUAAUAUAAUUUUACCGUUCUUGUUUCUAAUUUAUACAUAUUUUUGUGAAUAUUAGAAGCAAAAUGUGUACAAAUUAUCUUACCAGCUGUCAGUACAUUGCAUUAUAAAUAGUGCAUUGAAAUAACUUUAUUGAUAGUAUUUUAGCAACUAUGAUUGUCCUUAACCCCAAGGUAAGCAUCCUCAUUUUCGAAGGUUCUGUUCGCUUCAAGAUCCCAACUCAAUAAGUAAGGCAUUGACCCGAUGUGACAUAAUAUGGAAAUACUUCUCUAAACUCUUAGAAAGGUGUACGAGAUUGGUUAAAGCAACUCCAUGUAAUGAACGUAAUUUACAUACAUUUUCAUAUUUUGCAAUGUUAUUAAGCGAACGGUAAUAUUAGGCCCUUAUUAGAUACCAAAUAGGAAAACCUCCGGCUAGAAUCCCAGAAUGUACCGAAAUUUCGUUUCUAUUAAAAUAAUUGUACAUUUUAUGGAUAAGCGCACAGAACUUAGUGUAAAGAAAGCUGUUAAUAUGCGCAUGUUGUGUGUUUCUAUGGUUGUAGCGCAAAAUGUUGAGUCAAAUAAGAAUAAAGUUUAUAAUCACAAUGAUUAUUUUAAAGAAGUCGAUGAUAAAUAUCAUUUUAAUAAUCCUGUAAAAGAAUAAAAUAAUAUUGAUGAUGUGAACAAUGAAAAUGGAUUUGGCAAAGCAGAAGUAGGUAAUGAAAAAGCCAAUAAUUACACAAAUAAUUUAUUUCGGAAUGUAGGUUAGACCAAUAAUUACAUUGGGAAACGAAUUAUUAUUCUGGUUUAUUUAGAUCUAAUGAAUUAUUUCGUGUAAUAGAUCUGGUUUGUUGUUUAUUUCAAAACUUGUUUUAAAUUCAUUCGUGGUAUUACCAAAUUUGUUUUCAGUUAUGAUCCCUAAUUAGUUUUAACAAUUAUGAUUAAACUUGGUAUGAACCUAGGUUUAUGUAGGAAUUUUCAAAUAAAUUUGAUUGGAAUCAUGUUCACCCAAUGUAAUUAUUCAAUAAAUAUUAACAAUAAACUUAUUGCUGAUACAGUGCCAUUUUAAUAAUUAAUUGAAGUGGUUAAAAUCACAAAUUAUAUUGUCGACUGUGGCCCUGCGCUUCUCAAAAUAGUUAAACAUUUUCAUUUCGAAUAAAAUCAACUACAGCAUUAUUGUCAAAGCGAAGACACUGUGUAGAGUCACGAAAACUUAUGUACUCCUAAGACAGAUUAUAUUUUACAAGCGUCUUUGACCUUCGGAAUUCUGAUAAGUCUGUCAUGAGACUUCCUUCGGUUGAAAUUUUCCAUAUGUUUGGGCUAUGCAGCAUUGAGGUUUGUAGAAAUAUUAAUUAUCAUGAAAGCUGAUCCAAUCACAACUGACACCGUCUUAAAUUUAAAUAUUCAUAAAAAUGUUCUCCAAAUCCCCAAAAGUUUCCAUAAUUAAUAUUUUUGUAACUAAAUUCAUUAGUCCUCGGUCGCCCUUCUAACAAUAUAUAAGCUUUAAAAUUAUUCGUGUAUUAGAUUUAUUUCAGGGUACUUUUACACUUUUCUACUAACACUUCUACAUCUAGUGACUGUUUAGAUUCUCGACAUACCUGAUACGUUGUGAAUAUUGUGUGUAAAUUGUCAUAGGUUUAAUGUUUCAAUGGAUUGGAUUCCACUGUUUUAACAAGCUGUGGGUCAUUAUUGGAAAUAUUGUCAGUUUGGGCAAUUUAGACGAAAACAUUGUAAGCAAAAUAAAAAAUAUUCGAUUCGGGAAUAUUCAAUGAUCCAGAUGAUUUCGGAAAUAUCCAUUACAUUUAAAAUAUAUUUAAAAACUGAGAAAUGAAAAUCAGUCAACACGACGCCAGUUUUAAAUAGGACGAUAUUCUCAACUGUUGGAAACCUUCUUCUUUCAACCGUUUCAAAGAACAAUUUGUUUUACCAUCUGAAUGUUUUUAAUCCAGUCUUAAACAAGUGACAUUUUUACAAGAAUUUACGAACUACUUGUCUUUCUAUAUUCGAAAUAACUACUUUUCACUACAAUUCAUUACGUGACUUUAAUUAAAGAAAAUUUUCAAAUAUAGGAAACUUUCGACUGCACAGAAAGCCGAGCCAUAAGCAAAAGCUAGUGUUCACGUCGAGUAGCAAGUAUGAUCACUGCAUAGGACAAGCAUUUGUGUGAUCCACGAGUGCUUCUUCAAAGUCUGGAUGUCAUAAACAUGCAUAAUAUUUAUCUUCAAUGACUAUGAAAACCUCGCGACACAAGAACAAUAUUCCUUAGUACGAGAGAUUUUCUUUUAAGAAUAGAUCUUCAAAAGUGAUUCCAUCACUAUCCUUACUCGUAUCAAUGUCACUUGCUUCAUGCCGGUCACUCAAUGUAUCUUCAUCUACUUCACCAAUUAUAACAGUUACCUCUUAACCAUCAUGAUAACUAUAUGUGUAAACUUCGUAUUCCGAAUUUUCUAGUCUUAGAUUAACUCUGUGUUGUGCUUUUUAUACCUCUGUGCUUCCUCUAUCGUUGUUUAUAGGUAUUUCUUUAUUAGUAUUAGUAUCAUCUGUGUAAAGAAUAUAUUUACAAUGCGUUGCAGACUAAUAGUAUUUAGAAUAUUUUGUAAUUCGUCUAUCGGUCGAGUUUAUGGGAUUAUGAAAUACGCUACAAAAAUUCUGUUACGUCAUGUUGUUUUAGUUUUGGUACAGGACCUUACCGAAAACAUUAAUUCAAAUGUUUUUUUUUUAAAUUGAUGAACAAACACUAUUUAAAGUAGUUUUUUUCUGGUGACCAUUUUUUGUGACGUUAAAAAAAUAUUAAACUGAUUCUUAAUUAACUUAUGAAUGAUUCAACUAAUCCAAACACAAAAAAAAAAUUGUUUUGGACUACAACUAACAAAAGCGUUUUCCAUAAUUGUAUAAACUCAAAAUAUAAUUUUACGAUAUCAAUUGUAUGAUAUUACUGUGUGAGAAUAGGCUAAGUAGUAUAGUACGAUCGUUUUAGUAUGGUUUCUACCUAAUAAGUAAACGCAAUAAAUACCUAAUUAACUACCCAAUUAUUUCAUUUGAGGCGCUAAUCCGACCGUUGAUCUAAAACAGUAAUUUUAAUAUUUCUUUGAACAUCUUUACGGCCAUCAAAUAACUUGAUAAAAACAGUGAGACGUUUGAACUAGUAAUGGACAAAAAAUUGUACUUUGACGCUAUUGUAUUUGGGUCAAAUCAAAAUCGACAAGUUUAAAAAAAAAUUCGUUGCCUUGGAGACAAAAAGUUAUGUUUUUUAUAUACCUAAAUAAAACACAUUAUUUUGUGGGAAGCGUCUUGAAUAAGUUCCAAUCAUCCUAUGUUCAUUUUAGUCAGAAUGUUAACGAUAUUUUUGGUUUGUCAUUCAUAGUGGCCAAAUUUGUAAAUCGCAGUGUGACUCGUAAUUAAUAAGUAUCUUAGAUAUCGUUAUACAAUUGUUACACGGUGCAAUAAAACGUUGUGAACGAUUUUAUAUUGUUGUUUC